CUUCCAUUCCAGGCGGGCACUCAGGGAGAGGGCAGGCCUGGGUCCCUGGUUCUUCUGGGCUGCUGAUUCAGGAGUGCAGAAGAGCCCACCCAGAUGGUCCUGUGCAGCAGGCAGAUGCCUCAGAUUCCCGGCUGCCUCGACAAGGUCUGCACAGAGCCCCUCUGGCUGGAACUCUGCUGGCGGGAGCCAUGGCAGAGGCCAGGGACAUUGUGCUGUCGGUGGCUGAGUGGCUGCAGGCACUGCACCUGGAGCAGUACAGCGGGCUCUUCGAGCAGCACGGGCUGCUGUGGGCCACCGAGUGCCAUGGCCUCAGUGACGCCCGUCUGGUGGACAUGGGCAUCCUACUCCCCGGCCAUCGCCGCCGCAUCCUGGCGGGUCUGCUCCGUGCCCACACACCCCCAGUCCCUGCCCCCCGUCCCACCCCACGGCCUGUGCCCAUGAAGCGCCACGUCUUCUACUCGCCAUCUACAUCUGCCACUCCACGUGAGCCGCUGCCGACCGCUGGAGAGGAAGAGAGGCUACCCACUGCACCACCCAUCCCGCCCCGGCGGAGCUGCCUUCCUCCUGCCUGCUUCUCCACCCCGUCCCCACCUGCCCCAGACCCUGGGCUGCCCCCACUGCCUGCCAAGAGGCACUCGGCAGAGCUGAGUGUGCCGCCUGUGCCCCCCCGCACGGGUCCCCACCGCCUGCUGGUGAGCCUUCCCUCCAAGGAGGAAGAGUUAUUGCUGCCACUGCCGUCAUCCCCUCCCCAGCCAAAGCCUGAGGAGCCCCCAGCCAGCCUCCCCCAGGGGCCUCCCGAGCCCCUGUCUCCACCUCCCAGCCCCCCGGAGAUCCCCCCGAAGCCUGUCCACUUGCUCCCUGAGUUUGACGACUCUGACUAUGAUGAGCUCCCAGAGGAGGGCCCGGGGGCCCCAGCCAGCGUGAUGACCAAGAAGGAGGAGCCCCCUCUGAGCCGAGUCCCACGGGCCGUGCGUGUGGCCAGUUUGCUGAGCGAGGGGGAGGAGCUGUCCGGGGACGACCAAGGGGAUGAGGAUGCGGAUGACCAUGCCUACGAGGACCUCCCCAACGGUGGAUGGCACACCAGCAGCCUGAGCUUGCCCUUACCCAGCAGCCCCCUGGUCCCUGAGCUCCUGCUGCACCCCAUGGACAGGCUGCCCAGGGGCCCCACCGCCAUCACACCAGUCAUCAAGGCUGGUUGGUUGGACAAGAACCCACCGCAGGGAUCGUAUAUCUACCAGAAGCGAUGGGUGAGACUGGAUGCUGAUUACCUGCAAUACUUUGACAGUAACAAGGAUGCCUACUCCAAGCGCUUUGUCUCUGUGACCUGCAUCUCCCGUGUGGCUGCCAUUGGGGACCAGAAGUUCGAAGUGAUCACAAACAACCGGACCUUUGCCUUCCGGGCGGAGAGCGAUGCCGAGCGGAAGGAGUGGAUGCAGGCCCUGCAGCAGGCAGUGGCCGAGCAGCGUGCCCAGGCCCGCCUGUCUAGUUCCUGGCCCUUGGGAGUUCGCGGCCCAGAGCCACCCGACCGCGUCGGCAGCUUGGAGCUACGUGGCUUCAAGAAUAAGCUGUAUGUGGCUGUGGUUGGGGAUAAAGUGCAACUCUACAAGAAUCUGGAGGAGUACCACCUGGGCAUCGGCAUCACCUUCAUCGACAUGAGCCUGGGCAACGUGAAGGAAGCCGACCGGCGCAGCUUUGACCUCACCACGCCCUACCGCAUCUUCAGCUUCUCUGCUGAUUCGGAGCUGGAGAAGGAACAGUGGCUGGAGGCCAUGCAGGGAGCUAUUGCCGAGGCCCUGUCCACCUCGGAGGUGGCCGAGCGUAUCUGGGCUGUGGCCCCCAACAGGUUCUGUGCUGACUGCGGGGCUGCCCAGCCCGACUGGGCCUCCAUCAACCUCUGCGUUGUCAUCUGCAAGCGCUGUGCAGGGGAGCAUCGUGGCCUGGGGGCUGGCAUCUCCAAGGUGCGGAGCCUGAAGAUGGACCGGAAAGUGUGGACGGAAACCCUCAUUGAGCUCUUCUUACAGCUGGGCAAUGCGGCUGGGAACCGCUUCUGGGCAGCCAAUGUGCCCCCCAGUGAGGCCCUGCAUCCCAGCAGCAGCCCAGGCGCCCGGCGGCGCCACCUGGAGGCCAAGUACCGCGAGGGCAAGUACCGCUGCUACCACCCGCUCUUUGGCAACCAGGAGGAGCUGGACAAGGCCCUGUGUGCCGCGGUCACCACCACAGACCUGGCUGAGACCCAGGCGCUCCUGGGCUGUGGGGCUGGGGUCAGCUGCUUCUCAGGGGACCCUGAGGCCUCCACGCCCCUGGCUCUCGCCGAGCAGGCGGGGCAGACACUGCAGAUGGAAUUCCUUCGGAACAACCGGACCACGGAGGUACCUCGGCCAGACUCCACGAAGCCCCUGGAAAAGCACUACUCAGUUGUCCUGCCCACUGUGAGCCACAGCGGCUUCCUCUACAAGACUGCCUCCGCCGGCAAGGUGCUGCAGGACCGCCGUGCCCGGGAAGAGUUCAGCCGCCGCUGGUGCAUCCUUAGCGACGGAGUCCUGAGCUACUAUGAGAAUGAGCGGACAGUGACACCCAAUGGGGAGAUCCGGGCCAGCGAUAUCGUAUGCCUGGCAGUGCCCCCUCCCGACACCCACGGCUUUGAGCACACCUUUGAGGUGUACACGGAGGGAGAGCGGCUGUACCUGUUUGGCCUGGAGAGUGCAGACCUGGCUCGUGAGUGGGUCAAGUGCAUCGCCAAGGCAUUUGUGCCUCCCCUGGCUGAGGAUCUCCUGGUCCGGGAUUUUCAGCGGCUUGGGCGCCUACCCUACAAAGCUGGCCUGAGCCUGCAGCGGGCCCAGGAGGGCUGGUUCUCCCUCACCGGCUCCGAGCUCCAUGCCAUCUUCCCAGAGGGGUCCUGCGAGGAGCCGCUGCAGCUACGGAAACUGCAGGAGCUUUCCAUCCAAGGAGAAGGGGAAAACCAAGUGCUCGUGCUGGUGGAGCGAAGGAGGACGCUGUAUAUCCAGGGCGAGCGGCGGCUAGACUUCAUGGGCUGGCUGGGGGCCAUCCAGAAAGCAGCGGCCAGCUCGGGGGACACGCUGUCGGAGCAGCAGCUUGGGGACUCGGACAUCCCAGUGAUCGUGUACCGCUGCGUGGACUACAUCACGCAGUGUGGCCUGACAUCCGAGGGCAUCUACCGCAAGUGCGGACAGACGUCGAAGACACAGCGGCUCCUGGAGAGCCUGCGGCAGGACGCGCGCUCCGUGCGCCUCAAGGAGGGCGAGCAGCACGUGGACGAUGUCUCGUCGGCGCUCAAGCGCUUUCUGCGUGACCUGCCUGAUGGGCUCUUCACGCGGGCCCAGCGCCUCAACUGGUUGGAGGCUUCAGAGAUUGAGGAUGAGGAGAAGAAGGUCUCCAGGUACCAAGAGCUCCUGGCGUGUCUGCCCCCAGUCAAUCGUGCCACAGUGAAGGCCCUUAUCAGCCACUUGUACUGCGUCCAGUGCUUCUCAGACACGAACCAGAUGAACACGCAUAAUCUGGCUAUUGUGUUUGGACCCACGCUCUUCCAGACCGACGGGCAGGACUACAAGGCUGGCCGCGUGGUGGAAGACCUCAUUGGCCACUAUGUGGUGGUGUUCAGUGUGGACGAGGAGGAGCUGAGGAAGCAGCGAGAGGAGAUCACUGCCAUCGUGAAGAUGCGUGUGGCUGGCACUGCCAGUGGGACCCAGCACGCUGGUGACUUCAUCUGCACUGUGUACCUGGAGGAGAAGAAGGCAGAGACAGAGCAGCACAUCAAGAUUCCUGCAUCCAUGACAGCUGAGGAGCUCACCCUGGAGAUCUUGGAUCGCAGGAAUGUGGGGAUCAGGGAGAAGGACUACUGGACCUGCUUUGAGGUCAACGAGAGGGAGGAGGCAGAGCGCCCCCUGCACUUUGCGGAGAAGGUGCUGCCGAUCCUGCAUGGGCUGGGCAUAGACAGCUACCUGGUGGUGAAGAAGCACCAGUCCAUGGAGGCCAUGCUGCUGUACCUGGCCAGCCGGGUAGGUGACACCAAGCAUGGCAUGAUGAAGUUCCGUGAGGACCGCAGCCUCCUGGGCCUGGGCCUGCCCUCAGGUGGCUUCCACGAUCGCUACUUUAUCCUCAACAGCAGCUGCCUGCGGCUCUACAAGGAGGUCCGGAGCCAGAGGCCGUGGAGCGGGGCCCCUGAGACCAGUCACCGGCCCGAGAAGGAGUGGCCUGUGAAAAGCCUCAAAGUCUACCUGGGAGUGAAGAAGAAACUGCGGCCGCCAACCUGCUGGGGCUUCACCGUGGUGCACCAGACAGAGAAACAAGAGAAGCAGCAGUGGUAUCUCUGCUGUGACACGCAGAUGGAGCUCCGGGAGUGGUUCGCCACCUUCCUCUUUGUGCAGCAUGGCGGCCUGGUGUGGCCCUUGGAGCCGUCGCGCGUGUCCCGGGCAGUGCCUGAGGUCCGGCUGGGCAGCGUCUCGCUGAUCCCCCUGCGUGGCAGCGAGAAUGAGAUGCGGCGCAGUGUGGCUGCUUUCACCACGGACCCCCUCUCUCUUCUCCGCAACGUCUGAGCACAGGAGCCAAGCCCCAGCUCUGGGCCUCUGCCGCUGUGAAGCCUGCCUUCCUGUUCAGACACCCCUCAUGCCCUGCGUGCCUGGUGUGAGCCAGCAGGGGGCGCAUGAGGAUGCCGCACCCCACACCCCAUUUCCUGACUGCAGCAGGGGGUUCCCUGCCCUGGGGGUGGGGGGCUGCAGGGGCUGCCUGGGGAGGAACCCUCCUUGCUCUGUCCAGGUGCUUAGCUCUUCUGGCCUGGCCUGCCUACCCCCAGGGCCACCCACCUGAGUUUGUGGGGUCUGAGAGAUGGGCAUAAAUCAGGAACUCUGGAGGACCACCAUCCUUUUUAGAGGCUGGAGGCCCUGGGGCCCCCGCUGGAAGGGAGCCCAUCCCUGGGCCACAAAAUCCCAAGACGUGAGCAGUGGGCGCGCUGAGGGAUGGGGCAGGAGCCCUUGGGUAAGUUUCUACAGGGCUGAGAACUGGACUUUGGGACUUCAGCCCCCUCUUCUGUCUGGACUGGCUGGGAGGGCCCAGGCUGCCCAAAGCCCCUUCCCCACUUUGGGGGCUUUUUGAUAAUAUAAAUAUAUCUGUAUAUUUUACGCUA